AUGCAUCUGGGGAAAUUCAAUCUCGUCUGUGCAGCUGUGUACGGCAUUAGCCGCCUUUCAGAGCCAGAUCUGAGAGCUGUUAACUUCGCCGACAAGAUAGAAGGACAAAACCUAAACGGAAGCCUGAUAAAAGAGAUAGAAGUCGAUACGGAAAGUUCCUGUCUGCUUGAGUGUGUGGAUGAAGAGCGAUGUCAGUCUUACAACUUUGGAACAAUGAAGGGAGACUCAGAGAAAUUCAAGUGUCAGCUAAUCGACUCUGAUCGAUUUGAUGGAUUUGCUAAUUUUACUGAGGAUAAAGAUUUCAUUUACAGAGGAAUAAUGCUGGAUCUCUCUACUUCAGUGUCUCUGCAUAGUUCUUUCAGUAAUCGUGCUCUAAUCAAAAAAGUUAAGAAUUGGCACGAUUACCCCAGAAAUUGUCUUGACUAUUAUCAAAAUGGUUCCUCAACUGACGGUGUGUACUUGAUUUGCCCUGAUGAAGAAGAACCCUUCCAAGUAGUGUGUGACAUGACAACUGAUGGCGGAGGCUGGAACACCUUUCCAAGGCCCAGGGAUGGCUCUGUAGACUUUUAUGUCCAUUGGGAAUCAUACAAAGAAGGCUUCGGAAGUCUAAAGAGCGAGUUUUGGAUUGGGAAUUAUUGUCUUUACCGUCUGACUGCAUCAGCCAACAUUGUGUUUCGCAUUGAUAUGGAGGAUUACGAAGGCCACCGAAGAUUUUCCGAGUACACGACUUUCUCUGUGGCCGACGAAAGCGAUUAUUAUCGGGUGACAAUCGACGGAUACCGAGGCACCCUAGGCGACUCAUUAUCUUCAAUUCAGUCCAUGACAAAUAUGAAUUUUACAACCAGAGACAGAGACAACGAACUCAGUGACGUUGGAAACUGUGCAGAGUAUUUUAAAGGUGGUUGGUGGUACAAUAGUUGCCACAGGGCCAACCCAAAUGGUUUGUACCAAGGUGGAGGUCACGCUCAAGGAGUUAGCUGGAUUUCACUUCGAGGAUUAGAUUAUUCGUUAAAGCGCACCAAGAUCAAACUUCGACCAGCAUGA